UUUUUUGGCUAAUUCGGGUUGGGGGCAAAUGGAUACUUCCUUAAAAUGUGGUGAGGACCAGAUGCAACUCAAAGCCAUGGGACCUGGAUCCUCUUACUUCAUGCUUGACAUGGGGGGUGAUGCUCCCAUGGUGCCGAACCAGGUUAAACCACAAUGUGGCUACUCCAUGAAAUACAACUCUUUGGGUCUUGUGUUGAUGGUGCCUUACAACGGCUGUCAUAUGACGCAAGAUAAUGGAUUUUAUAUACUGCCAAUGCAGUGGAAGGGGACCCAAGUCAAACUCUGUUGCCCCAUGAGGUCAAGUCCUGAAACUACACUUGCCCAUGUUCAUCCUACAGCACCACCUACCAAAUCUCAUGAAGAAGCCACUCCACAGACGGAUACGCCAAAGCAGCCUACAGUCCACCAGCAGCAAAUCAUGGAUCAUCCUUUGAAUCAAAACCCAAACUACCAUCAAUAUCGUAACUGGAAUCAUAUGAUGCAGAAGCAAACCAUGGCCGUUCCCCCGCAGCAGCCCGUGACCGUUCCCCCGCAACAGGAGGCUAUUCAGCAGCAGCACGUUGCUGUUCCCCCGCAACAGGAGGCUGUUCAGCAGCAGCAGCAUAUGGCUGUUCCCCCUUGGUAUCAGUGGUUGUGGCAGCAGCAGCAGCAGCACGUGGCUGUUCCCCCGCAGCACGUGGCUGUUCCCCCGCAGCACGUGGCUGUUCCCCCGCAGCACGUGGCUGUUCCCCCGCAACAUCAGUGGUGGUGGCAGCACCACCACGUGGCUGAUCCCCUGAAGCACCACCACCACGUGGCUGAUCCCCUGAAGCUCCACCAGCCCGUGACCGUUCCCCCGCAACAGGAGGCUAUUCAGCAGCAGCAGCACAUGUGGCUGUUCCCCCGCAGCACGUGGCUGUUCCCCCGUUUCAUCAGUGGUGGUGGCAGCAGCACCACGCGGCUGAUCCCCUGA